CUAAAAAUCUGGUGACCGCUAACAGGGCUUUAUAGUCCUGCUCUCUUUCACACUCCACAACUCAAACUUUCCUUCCAGGCUACCGGUUGUCUCAGCAGCAGGCAGAAGUUAGGUUGUCAUGUCAUGCCUUUGCUGUUUGCAUCCAAUCUGAAAUUGAGCAGGACGGUUUGCACGUGCAAAGAUGUGAUUACUGCGUGGGUUUAAUUCCCUGGCAGCCUCUCACUUGAGUCUUGAUUAAGACAUCAAUUUGGUUGCAGCAGCAAUAGGCUUAAACGCAGCAUGGCUCGCCGCCUCGAUGACGGGCCUCCUGCAGCUUCCUCAGAGCAUUUUGUCACUCCUCAUUUAGCUUUUUGUUCCACAUUCACACGACUGAUGGCACCAACCGACACACCUCAAAUCCAAAGUUGCCUUUCCAGUUUUCACCACAAUAAAUACAUUUCAUUUGUUGGCAUUUGCUCGUCUAUUUUUGUCUGGACAGUUCACAAUAAUUCAGAAUCAGAAUCUUAUCUUUAGUAUUCCUGCACUAACAAGCAAUUUGACUCCAGUCUUUGCAUCUGUCUUGAUGGAGUAACACAGAUAUAGCAGCUUUAGAAACAAAAGGACAACCAAGCUGGACAGAUAAAGGACUGCUACAGAAGAAGUGAAAACUAUAUGAACAUAUAAAUAUAUAUAUAUAAAAAGCAGGAAAGGCCAACAAUAAAAUAAGAAAUGAAAUGUUUGUAUACAAGUGUUCUGUAAGUUGUCAAAUAGUGCAAAGAAAUACUAUAGUUGUACGUACAUGUUGCGUAUGUGUAAAGAUGAUAUAUAAUGUAACUGUUGCUUUAUCUUGUCUAAAUGUUGCCAAAUGUCAGAAAUUGAAGCUUUAAAUAAUACAUAAGCUGAAAAAAAGGCUGAAAGUCCUCCUGUCAAAUGAAAAUAAACCUUUUUCUAACACUUCCCAUGGCAAAGUGUGGCGUAUAAAUGCUUUGCUCAAAGGCAUCUCAGUGGAAGUUAUUUAGGAGGACCAAGGACUCAUUCAGAUGUUCUUUUCAUGUUUAAAAAAAGCUUUUUGUCUGUGUGCUUAGAUGCUACUCCACCACCUCCUAUGAAACAGAAAGCGAAAACAUUUUCAAAAAAAGUGUGACAUUUAUCUGCUUAUAAGUCAUCCCAUUAAUAGCUAACAAAUGACUGACUCAUAACCAUCUACACCCUCCGCAUGAGCUGCUUUAAUGCCUCAGCCAAGCCAAAUCAUUUUCUCCCUGCUCUCUUUAUUAGAGUAUUACAGGGUAUAUUAGGCAGAAGUAAUAGCACAUCGCAGCACUUAUUAUUAAGAGGUUUUUGGCUGCAGCAUCAGACCUCCAUCCCUGAGGAGCAGCUGCUGCUGCAGCCAAAGAAGAAAUCCUCCUGAGACCCUGAAGGAUAAAACACGGAUUUAUGGUGCAAACAUGAUUUUUCAUCAUUUCGUGUCAUUUAUAGCGAAAGAUAUUCACGCAUGAGUUGCACAAUACAAGCCCCCCCCUCAUCAUAUGACCUUUUCUCUCCGUGUGAGGGCUUCAAUUUAGCAUAUUCUCACUUAUCUCUUUCACGUUUUUUCGAUUUGAGAUUCCGCGUAAUUUGCUUUCAUUUCUCAGCCCUGUCGCAUUUUUUCUCGUUCAGCUGGCUUUCGCAUCAUUUUUUUUAAAGCCAAGCAAUGCAUUUAAAAGACGCGGUGUCGGUGGUGAACGGGACACCUCGGGCUGACCCCCCGGCCUAACAAAGCCAACUACUAGUCACUGUCUGGGACCCUUUUAUCUCAUUCUCUUAUUGGAGGCCCCUUUCUGACCGGCCAUGUUUUGUUGUCCAUCCUUUUGACUCGCCACAAGGCCAAAUAUGGCCCCGCGCGGGUCCCUCAAUAUGGGCGAGAUUAAUUUUUCAGCUCCGGCCAUCUGUGUGGGGGUAAAUUGCAGUCAGCUAAAAGUCAUAAAUCUACAGUCCGCCUGCGUUUUCAAUAGGUGCUGUGUGUGGGAGAGGGGGGCAAUUAGAGAUGGAUAGAUAGAUGGAUGGAUAGAUAGAUAGAAAGAUAAUAAGAUAGAUAAAUAAUUACACUUCAUGGCAAAUGAUUCCUAACGUUAAGUCCACAAACAUCGAUUCUUAACCACCCCCCCGCCAUAAUGAAAAUUCACCCCCCCUUUCAAAUUAUCCCAUUACGUCUGACAUAAACAACCCGAAGUGGCCUCUCUCAUUGGCUGGCCGCAGGGUCACGUGGCCCGCGCGGCCGUCCGUCUAUUUGACAGCCGCAGGAUGGCUUGAUGCCAGAGGGGGAAAAAGAGACAGAGAGAGGGGAGAGAAAGAAAAAUUAGUAUUCUCCUACCAGCCUCGCUAUAAAUCAAUCAUGGAGUCCUACGUGGUGAGCUGUAAAUAUGCUGAGCCGCAGUUCCCGCCUUGUGAAGAAGAUUACAGUAAUUUUAGUGACCAAGGGGGGUAUUACAACAGCCCCCAGGACAGUGGUAGUUAUGUAGGGGGCUAUCAGCCCGGGCAGCCCCCUCCACCUCCAUACACACCACAACAAACCGGCUACCACUCUUCUCAGGGGCACCGCCGGCAGGAUGGAGAGGACCACUCGCAGCACCAGGCUGCGCCCUUCCGCGGCUACAGAGAGACGGAUGCCGCCGGGAAAGAGUCGAGGUUCCCCGUGGCUGACCUACAGUGCCAGGCUUGGAUGACCUGUGCAAAGCCCGCUCAGGUGCAGAGGAAAAUGGCCUGUCAGGGAAAGGACAAGCCGCCUAUUGUUGUCUACCCGUGGAUGAAGAAAGUGCACAUCGCUCAUGUGAAUCCGAACCACCUGGGCCCGGAACCAAAGCGACUACGGACGGCCUACACGCGCCCGCAGGUUCUGGAGCUCGAGAAGGAGUUCCACUUCAGCCGCUACCUCACGCGGCGCCGCCGCGUCGAGGUCGCCCACGCGCUCUGCCUGUCCGAGCGGCAGGUGAAGGUGUGGUUCCAGAACCGGCGCAUGCGCUGGAAGAAGGACAACAAGCUGCCGAACACCAAAGGAAGGAGCAAAAACAAGAAAGCGACGGACAGCAAUAACAACAACAGCAGCGGCGGCAGCGGCAGCGGCAGCGACAGCAGCGUGAAGGCGGUGAUAACCGUCUGAAAAACACAACACAAGUCGGCUGUCAGAGGCCGCCAUGUUGGCACCUUCACUCUCCAAAACUGAUGGUGCUAAGUUGAUCCAGGGUGACCGAAACUAUUCUAACAUGCUUUAAACAUUACAGGCUUUACAUUACAGGUCCCAAAUAAGGACUUAUAAAUUCGCUUAUGUAUUUUGACUUAUAGCUUAACUUUUACUUUGUUUUAAAAUAUUUCUGUUGUGUAGAGGUUGCAGCCAACUCCACUCUGAUAUUUAAUUCAUUACUAAAUGUUUUGAGUCCUACAUUUAAGUAAAAUGUCAAGGUAGACGG